AUGAAAAUGGUCGCUACCUUCAAGGGGUCUUUAGAGGAGGCCUUCACAGAUGUUCCUGGAGGCGAUAGGAGCUACUCAAAGAAUAAAGAGGUAUCCAUACCAUUGGAAGAUUUGGAUGCUGAAGGAAGACCCUGGACCUCAGAUACUUCAGAUGGGGAUACAUGGAGGUUUCGAAGGAAAUCGAAUCCGCUCAAGAGAUUUUUCCACAGACUUUGGAGUGGUCCAGAGGAGGUGCGGGAUGAGCGUCCCCAGUUUUCUAAUGCGGUGAUAUCGUAUUUAGAUGAAUUACCAAAAAAUAAAUUCAACUCAAGGCUUUCCAGUUUUUCACUACGAAUUCUAGCACUGAUAGUUUAUGUUACAAUAUGGUUCGGAGUUUUGUAUUCUUUAUUAUAUCCAUAUUUAGUGAGAGCGCCAUUUUUUCACUCUAAUGGUGAGAGUACGCCCAUUAUAACGUUAACCUGCAACUCAUAUCUUAAUUGGGCUGGCACAAAUAAUGCCUGUGGAUUGAACGCAGAAAAAUGUGGCCCAUUCACGGAUAGAGAAUACUACAUUAGAUGUCCUGCAUUGUGUGAUAGACAAGGGUGGACUUUUACUGCAAUGGCUGUUGGAGACCAGAGGAUCAAAUACACUGGUUACGAGAUCGGUGGGGGUACAAAAAAUGAUAACCAAGAAUCAGACGAACUAUCGUACCCAUAUAGGGCAGAUUCAUACCCUUGCUCAGCUGCUAUUCAUGCGGGGGUAAUAUCACCUUACUCUGGCGGCUGCGCUAAAUUGACCAUGGAUGGUCCUCAAAAGUCGUUUCCUAAGGCCAAGGGAACACUGGGUCAGUGGUCUGUGAAUUUUGAUUCAUUUUUUCCCGGCUCGUUUUCCUUCAGAAGUUACCAAGAAGGAAUCGCGUCUGGAUGCUACGAUCCUAGAGUUCUUGUGGUGGUAUUGAAUAUCCUUUUUGGACUUCCUGUCCUUUACCUUUAUGAUAGUAUCAUAAGUUAUUGGCUAUUGUCUUUGGUUGGAUAUUGGACUGUUGCCCUGGCGCUUGACCCUCCAGUUCUAUCAGACCCACAUAAUGCAGAGAGCGUUUACGUGUUACUCAGCGUGGCCUUUCAGCGUCUUUUACCUCUGUGUUUCAUUUUAUAUGUCAUUUGGAAAUGUGCUUCCAAGAGAACAAUGGAGGAUGGCUCUCCUGUGCUCAAAGUCUUUGCAUGGUACCCAACCUUCUGGCUGGGAAUAAUGAAUAACGUGACAUUUGAUAGAUUGCCUGUAGAUAGACUUACUAUGCAUGACCUGAAAGAAGAAUCAGGUGCUUUAACAGCUGUCGCAUCUAUUAUAACUACAAUUCUCAUUUGUGCCAUUAUACAAGCAUACGCCCUUUGGAAAUCAGGCAGGUUUCAGAAAUAUUUCAAGAUUUACAUUUCCAUGAUAGUAGGGCUUUGCUUGCUCUCUUCAAUACCAGGAAUGACAUUGAGAAUUCACCAUUACAUAUUGGGGAUGAUUCUUAUUCCUGGUUGUGCCACUCGCGGGUUUUCUGCCUACCUGUUUCAAGGUAUUCUUCUUGGCCUCUUCAUAUCCGGAGUUGCAAGAUGGGAUUUUGCAAGUAUCGUAGAAACUAAUUUAUCGUUAUUACGUGGUGAGGCGGGUGUAUCCUUGAAACCACCUAUCUUUGAUUUCGGUGAAUCCUUUAAUCAUAGAAUUUCAUGGCAUAUGGGCCCCAAUGUAACUAGUGUUGACCCAACUGGUAACAUCGAUGGUUUCUCACUUCUAAUAAACGACUUUGAAGUUUAUGUGGGCAAGAAUGAAUCCGUUGAUCUCGAUAUUCUGAUGUCAGAGAAUGAAGUAUUGGGUUCAAUGAUGGACCAGAUGGUAUCAAAUGCAGAUGAUGGUUUAAAAUUAUACAUGAGAGUUGCGCAAGCUUCAACAAGAUCUCCAGAUAGUAUUCGUGGUGAUUACACCAAUGCUGGAAUACUGGAGUGGCCUCAAGGAGUAUGGCAUGAACCAAAGCCCGGAGUUUCAUAA